AUACUAAAACCAUAUCAUCCUCUCAAUUAAUUCAUAUCCAUCUAAUUUGCUCUACCAUCUUAACAAUGCAAAUUCAAGUCUUCCUCCUCUUUCUCUUAUUCACUAAAACCAUUUCAUUAACAUCAACAACAGAUACACUCCCACAAGGCUCAUCUCUUUCAGUUGAAAAACCAAAUGACAUCCUAAUUUCAUCCAACGGCGACUACUCCGCCGGUUUCAUCCAAGUCGGAGACAACGCCUUUUGUUUCUCCGUCUACUUCACAAAAUCCAAACAACCUACCGUUGUUUGGAUGGCAAAUCGAGACCAACCCGUUAAUGGAAAAAAUUCAAAACUCUCACUUUUUAACAACGGUAACCUCAUUUUAACCGAUGCAGAAAGAAAAAGAACACCAAUUUGGUCCAUUUCAACUUUCUCACCUUUUCCAUUACAGCUUCAGCUUCAAAACAAUGGUAACCUUGUACUUGAAACUUUACAAAAAACCGAAAAAAAUACUAAUGUUACUAUCAUUUGGCAAAGCUUUGAUUUUCCAACCGAUACUCUUCUUCCAGGCCAAGAACUUACAGAACACUCAAGCUUAGUUUCAUCCAAAAGCAAAACAAAUUUUUCCUCUGGUUUCUACAAACUUUAUUUCGACAACGAUAACGCUCUUCGUCUUUUAUUCAAAGGUCCUUUGUUAGCUAGUGUCUAUUGGCCAUCACCUUGGAAAUUACCAAUUGAUAUGGGAAGAUCAACAUACAAUGCUACAAAAAUCGCGUUACUCGAUUCUUUUGGUCAUUUCACAUCCUCUGAUACGUAUCAAUUUCACACCACUGAUUAUCCUAAUAAAUUUCAUAGAUUACUCAAAAUGGAUCACGACGGUAACUUACGUGUUUAUAGUUUCAAUGAGAAAAUGAAGACAUGGGAAGUAACAUGGCAAGCUACUCAAGAACCAUGUGAGGUUCAUGGUAUUUGUGGAGAAAAUAGCAUGUGUAGUUAUGAUCAUGUUAUUGGAAGAACAUGUUUUUGUUUGAAAGGUUACAAGUUGAAGAAUCCUCAUGAUUGGUCACAAGGGUGUGAGCCUGAGUUUAAACCUGCUGAUCUUUCGUGUAAUCGAGGUGUGUCUUUCGGUUUUCUUCGUCUUCAAAACACGGAGUUUUUUGGCUAUGAUUUGAAUGUAACAAAAGUUACAAGCUUGAAACAAUGUCAAGAUUUAUGUUUGGGUCUUUGUGAGAGAUGCAAAGGUUUUCAAUUCAAAUUCAAUAGAGAAUCUACUUAUGAUUGUUUUACUAAAACAUUGUUGGUCAAUGGAAGAGAUUCUCAUAAUAUUGAUGGUGAUGUUUUCUUGAAAUUGCCCAAAAAUACUUUGUUAUCUUCCACUAUGCCACUUAAACAUUUACCUUUGAAUUGUUCCAUUGAUUUGUCUCAACCAUUGAAUAGACUCUAUGAAAAACCAAGUAAAAACUCAACUUUGAGUUUCUUAGUUUGGUUUGCAUUAGGAUUUGGUGUGUUUGAGAUAACCAUGAUUUUCAUUGUGUGGUUCUUUUUGUUUAGAACCAAUAAAAACAAUGAUAAUGUUGAUCAAGUUCAAAGACAUCUUCUUUCGGCAACGGGCUUUCAAAAAUUUUCGUAUUCAGAACUAAAAACCGCGACAAAAGGGUUUACAAAAGAGAUCGGUCGAGGAGGAGGAGGAAUUGUUUACAAAGGUAUACUCGAUGAUGAUCGUGUUGCGGCUGUUAAAUGCUUAAAUGAAGCUCAUCAAGGCGAAGCGGAAUUUCUAGCCGAAAUAAGCACAAUUGGUAUGUUGAACCAUAUGAAUUUGAUUGAUAUGUGGGGAUAUUGUGUUGAAAGGAAACAUAGGAUUUUGGUUUAUGAGUAUAUGGAACAUGGUUCUUUAGCUGAAAAUCUUUGUUCUAAUUCACUUGAUUGGAACAAGAGAUUUAAUGUAGCUAUUGGAACAGCUAAAGGUUUGGCUUAUUUACAUGAAGAGUGUUUGGAAUGGGUUUUACAUUGUGAUGUGAAGCCUCAUAAUAUUUUACUUGACACAAAAUUUCAACCAAAAGUAGCAGAUUUUGGAUUAUCAAAACUUUUGAAUAGAGAUGAUCGCGAUAGUUCAGUUUUUUCACGAAUUCGAGGAACAAGAGGUUAUAUGGCACCUGAAUGGGUUUAUAAUCUUAAAAUUACUUCUAAAGUUGAUGUUUAUAGUUAUGGAAUUGUUUUGCUUGAAAUGGUGAGUGGUAAAAGUCCAAUGGAAAUUCAUAGUCUUGAUAAUAGUGGAGGUAUAGAGCAUCAUAGAAUGGUAACUUGGGUUAUGGAAAAAGUGAAAAAUGCUCCUACUACUAUGUUUUGGAUUGAGGAGAUUGUUGAUGGUAAUUUGGAAGGAAAAUAUGAUGUUAAUCAAGUUGAGAAUUUGGUUAAAGUUGCUUUGAAGUGUGUCAAAGAUGAUAUGAAUGAAAGACCUUCAAUGAGUCAAGUAGUUGAGAUGCUUCUUGAGUCCAAUGAAAGAAGAGGCACCCCUCGUUAGUUGUUUUUUCUUUUUUUCACCAAAUUAGUGCUUGAACAUUGUUAGGUUGGGUAUUAUGAUUAGAGUUCGAACUUCAAUCCUUUAACUGUGUGUGUAUGUUUCCAAUAAUUUGUUAUUUCAUCUAUUUAUCGGAAAAAAUUGUAUUUCCUAUAACUAAAAAAAUAAACAAAUU